AUGGCAGCGUCCUCCUCUUCCGUCGCCGAGGUAGCGGUGGCCGCUGCUGCGGCGGCGGCAAUGGCGUCAGCUUUGACACAGGAGCAGCAGCAUCAGCAGCAGGCGCGACCGCGGCCGCGGCCGAUGCACGCGGGGAGCGGCGGCGGUGGCGCCAAUGGCCGCCACCACGCGUACAGCCGCAAGGACAAGUCGCUCGGCCUCCUCUGCUCCAACUUCGUGGUUCUCUACAACCGCGACGACGUGGAGUCCAUCGGGCUGGACGAAGCGGCCAAAUGCCUCGGUGUGGAGAGGCGCCGGAUCUACGACAUUGUCAACGUGCUCGAGAGCGUUGGGAUUCUUGUGAGGAAAGCCAAGAAUCGCUACACCUGGAUAGGUUUCGGCGGAGUCCCAAUGGCCUUGCGAGAACUCAAGGAGAGGGCGUUAAGGGAGAAGUCUGGUUUGGCUCCUCUGCAAACCGAGCAGCAAUCAGCUGCCACUAUUUCUGAUGAUGAAGAUGAUGAUACAUUGGUCAAUCUGGGUGCUGAUAUCGAGAACAAGAAACUGAGUCAGACUGUGGACAAUCCUUCUGACAAACCUGGUGCACCCCGUUGCUGCCUUAGAUCUGAUCAUAGGAAGGAAAAAUCACUUGGGUUGCUCACACAGAAUUUCGUGAAGCUCUUCCUCACCAUGGAGGUUGACACGAUCUCACUUGAUGAAGCUGCAAAGCUGCUCCUUGGAGAAGGUCACGAAGAGACCAAUAUGAGAACUAAAGUUCGGAGGUUAUAUGACAUUGCCAAUGUCCUGUCUUCACUGAAUCUAAUUGAGAAGAUACAGCAAGGGGACUCGAGAAAGCCUGCGUUUCGUUGGUUGGGUAGGGCCACAAUGCCGAACACAGAAAAUGGUGUGACAGUUGCUGUACCCCCACCACGGAAGACCACAUCGAACAAAAGAGCAUUUGGAACUGACCUCACUAACAUUGACACACAUAGAAGUAAUCUAGAUUCAAAAAUUCAGAAGAAAGCAAAACUGGCACAGAGUGGUGGUGAUGUCUUGACAAAUUGCAAAUUAGCUGUGCGGAGUCAGCUUGGGCAGGGUAAACAAAGUGGCUUUGUCUAUGGUCCCUUCCACCCUGCUGGUGCAAGGAAACAUGAACUUGAUGGCGGCAAUAAACCUGGGCAAAGGGAGAGGGCUCAGGACUGGGAGAGCCUUUCUGCUUCAUUUCGACCACAGUACCAGAACCAAGCACUCAGUGAUCUUUUUGCCCAUUAUGUCGAAGCGUGGAAGACAUGGUAUUCUGAAUUUGCUCAAGGCAGCAACAUCAUGCAACAACACUUUGGCCAUUCUGUUAACCAUUUUUUGUAG